CUUCGCGUCCCGGCGAUGGAGGCGGCGGCUCCGGAGGGCGCCGAGCCGGGGAGCGGCGGGAGCGGCGCGGAGGAACCCGUGGUGUCCCUGGCGGAGGUGCUGGCGGAGAACGAGGAGCUGGAGAAGGAAGCGCGGGCCGUGCUGGGGGGCAGCGACCACGAGCGCUGCAGUUACUCACAGGGCGCGGUGAAGCGGCAGGCCCUCUACGCCUGCAGCACCUGCACACCGCCCGGCGCCGAGCCCGCGGGGAUCUGCCUGGCCUGCAGCUACGAGUGCCACGGCACCCACCGCCUCUUCGAGCUCUACACCAAGAGGAAUUUCCGCUGUGACUGUGGAAAUAGCAAGUUCAAAAAUCUGCAGUGCAAGUUACUCCCGGAAAAGGGUAAGGUGAAUUCAGGAAAUAAAUAUAAUGACAACUUCUAUGGAUUGUACUGUACAUGCAAAAGACCUUACCCUGAUCCUGAAGAUGAGAUUCCAGAUGAGAUGAUCCAGUGCAUAGUUUGUGAAGACUGGUUCCAUGGAAGGCAUCUUGGUGCAAUUCCCCCUGAAAGUGGAGACUUCCAUGAAAUGGUGUGCCAGGCCUGCAUGAAACGUUGCCAUUUCCUAUGGGCUUAUGCAUCCCAAUUAGCAGUUCCUCCUUUGACCAAAGCGAGCUCCCUUGAAGAUGAAGGGAUUGUCCUGAAGGUAGAGGAAAGUGAAGAGCAGAAGAAAGAAAUAAAAAAAGAAGGUGGAGUGGAACACCAUGACACAAAGGAGGAAAAGCAAUUGGAACAAUUUAGUGAACCAUCCACUAGCUCUGGGUCUGCCUGUCCUGAGGUAGUUACUAAGAGUGAGGAGCCCAUCUGCAAGCUGAAAGAGCUCCAAAGCAAGCCAUUUGUAAAAAAAGAUACUGCCACCUUUUGGCCAUCCAACUGGAGGAGCAAAUUAUGCACUUGUGAAGACUGCUUGAAAAUGUAUUCAGAGCUUGAAGUCCAGUUCCUGACAGAUGAAUGUGACACUGUCUUGGCCUAUGAAAAUAAAGGUACCAGUGACCAAGAGACAGAGAGGAGAGAUCCUUUAAUGGACACCCUUAACAGCAUGAACAGAGUGCAGCAAGUGGAACUCAUCUGUGAAUACAAUGAUUUGAAGACAGAACUGACUGACUAUCUCAGGAGGUUUGCAGAUGAGGGCACGGUGGUUAAAAGAGAAGACAUUCAGCACUUCUUUGAAGAAUUUCAGUCUCGGAAAAGGCGACGGACUAACAGGAUGCAGUACUACUGUAGUUAGACUGAGAGGGUUUGGGUCUGAAAGGACAACUGGCUAAACAAUGUUCACUGGCAAACAGAAAAAGCAUCUUCAGUUUUUGGCUUCUCAUCAAAAUCCAGCUGUCCAAGAAACAUCAUCAUUUUGUCUAAUACGUCCUUCAUUUGUAGCACCUAAAACAUGUUCUUAACAAAUCCUUACAUUGCGCUUAGAGGGAUUUCAGUACCGAUGGACUUGGCAUUCCCGGGAGAGCCGGCCGUGUCUCCCGGGGAGGAGGGCGGGACGGGAGCAGCGUGUGCUGCACUCCCCUGUUCCUGCCGGGCUGGAGCCGAGCUGUGCUGAACCUGCCCCGCCCUGCCCGCGCUCCCCGCUCUCCUGCCGCAAUGGCGCUGCCUCCUGCCCCGGGGCUGCAGCCAUUCCGGUGAGCCCCGGCGCCAGGAGCUGCCUGUCCCUGUGCCUGUCCCUGUCCCUGUGCCUGUCCCUGCCCUGCCGCGGCCCCCCGGGGCUGGCCGGGCCGGGCUGAGCCAGCGCUGCUGCCUGCCCGGGCUGCUUGCAAAUGGGGAAGCAGAGCUUAGGAUUGAUGCAACACAGUGUUCUGUCUGGUUUGAUACAUUAAAAAUACUUAUUUCUAGUAUUGGGCAGGGAUGAUUUCUAUGGUAAAAAAAAAAUUCAGAUGAUCUUAAUUUGCUCAUCAGAACAAAAACAAGAACUAGGAGGAGGUACUAAAUUACAAACUAAGCAUGGGGGGGUUUGUUAUAUGCUUUGAUUUUAAAAACUAGCCUACAGCAAAUUCUUCUACUUUAUAAAUGUUGCUGAAAACACUGCAGCAUCCUGGUAUUUUGCUACAAUAUGGAAUGUUCUUUUUAUAACCACUGUGAUAAUCAUGGGACAGGAGAUGUUUCACUGACUUUUAAGACUAUACGUAGCUGCAAUUAAAAAUUAAGAUUUUGUAAGUUUGGAUCCUAAUGUAGUUAGACCCCAAAACCUACAUUAAAUUUCUAGUUUUUGAGGAUUUCUAUAUCAUGGGGUACUAUUCUGCCUUUCCAUGUUAAUGGUUUUUGAAAAGCAAAGGUAGACUUUAUCAUUCUCACUAUUAACUGUUUCUGACCAUUUUAUUUACAAACAGUAGUUUAGCAUAGAUGCUCAGCUGAGCAGCUUCAUAGAACACAGACUAUGCUGAGUUGGAAGGGACCCAGCAGGAUCAUCACAUCCAACUCCCUGCCCUGCCUAGAACACCCCAAGAGUCACACCAUGUGCCUGAGAGCAUUGUCCCAACUCUUCUUGAACUCUGUCAGGCUGGUGCUGUGACCGCUGCCCUGGGAAGCCUGCUCAGUGCCCAACCACCCUCUGGGUGAAGAACCUUUCUCUGAUAUCCAACCUAAACUGCCCCUGGCACAAGUUCAGGCCAUUCCCUCAGUCCUGGCACCACAGGGAGGAGAUCAGUGUCUGUCCCUCCGCUGCCCCUCACAGGAAGCUCCAACUGCAGUGGGGUCUGCCCUCAGUGCCCCCCAGGCUGACCAGACCAAGUGCCCUCAGCCCCUCUUCACAGGGCUUCCCCUCAAGGCCCUUCACCUUGGUCAUUGCCCUCCUUUGGACACUCUCUGACAGCUUUGUGUCUAUUUUAUAUUGUGGCACCCAGAACUGCCCCAGCUCAGAGCAGAGCAGGACAAUCCCCUCCCUGGCCUGGCUGGGGGUGCUGGGCCUGAUGCCCCAGGACAUGGGUGGCCCUGCUGGCUGCCAGGGCACUGCUGACUCAUGCUCAAUGUGUCAUCGACCCCCAGGGCCCUUUCCUGUUUGCUUUUACAUUUAACUCUGGGUAUUGUACAUGCUCUUUUUUUGGUAGCAACUGUUACAGGAGCUGUAACUGCACAUCUAACUACAAUAUAUAAAGAUUAAAAUAACUUU